UCCUGUUGUCUCUGGGAGUUGACGCUCCGCAGCUCCGCCGUAUCAACACCGCACUAACGUGGCAAUGAUCUGAGUUCUUCUCCUCGGUGGGUUUUUUUCCUCAGAGCUCCGCCGUUCUUCACAAUUUACCUACCCGAGUUCUCAUUUACUGACCGAGCCGCGGGGACGGAAUGCAGUUUUCUCCGAGCAGCGGAGACUUUACCUUCGUCUCCUCCACUGGGGCUGAAGAGCUGAGUGGAACGAUCGAUGCCCCGGACAUUAAGCUAAACAUGGGCGGCGAUCAGAGCCGGGACGCCUACGCCGCUAACUUCCUGCGGCAGAGAGGUUAUGGGUGGCUGCUGGAGGUGGAGGAGGAUGAAGCAGAGGAGACCAAACCUUUACUGGAGGAGCUGGACAUUGACCUAAAGGACAUCUACUAUAAGAUCCGGUGUGUGUUGAUGCCCAUGCCGUCCCUGGGCUUUAACAGACAGGUGGUCAAAGAUAACCCAGACUUCUGGGGCCCGCUGGCUGUCGUGCUGCUCUUCUCCAUGAUCUCCAUCUACGGACAGUUCCGUGUCGUGUCCUGGAUCAUCACCAUUUGGAUCUUUGGAUCAUUGACGAUCUUCCUGCUGGCUAGAGUGCUCGGAGGAGAGGUUUCUUAUGGUCAGGUUCUGGGUGUGAUCGGGUACUCGCUGCUCCCGCUCAUCGUCAUCGCGCCCUUACUGCUGUUCACUGGAGCGUUUGAAAUCGUCUCUACACUCGUUAAGCUGUGCGGUGUGUUCUGGGCGGCGUACAGCGCCGCAUCGUUGCUCGUCAGCGAUGAGUUCAAGACAAAGAAACCACUUCUCAUUUACCCCAUCUUCCUGUUGUACAUCUACUUCCUGUCGCUGUACACCGGCGUCUGAUUGGGCGACGAGUCCCUCAUCAGCACCUUGCUCGGACACUGACUCAUUCGGACACCACAGGACGGCCAAGAGUCACAUGAUGCAGACGAUCGAGCAUAGAUUUUCAUUAUUGUUUUUUUUCAUCCUUUUCGGUGUACACAAUAACUGUAUGUAAUGUACCAGAUCCACUUUAGCUAAUAUCAAGCACUCAGACAGGCCUGGGCUACGCUCGUUACGCCGCUUGCUACUAUGGAGCACAGACGUCUGUCAGUUAUCCCUGUCCUUAAUUACAAACAGGCAGAAUCCUUAAUUUCUGUGCUGUAUUUGGGUUUCUGGAAGUUUUUCUGUACAGUAAAGAGGUUAAGUUUAAUUUACAGUUAAAAUUUGACUUUGCUGAUUUAUUUUUUUUUUUUGUAUGAAAAGGAGAAGUGUUUGCUUUUUAGAAGCAGUUUUAUAAAGCUGGGGUUCAUUUUAAUCGGACUAUAAACAUAGCCAAAAGAAGUGAUUUGUAAAAUAACUCUAUAAACAUCGACUUUCUAUUUAACAGUUUACAAAAAUACAGGUGGCAGGAUUUUUGUUGAAAUAAUUCACGACAUUGUGAUGUUCAUGUACAGCUCAUUAUUAUUAUUAUUAAGAUUAAAACACAUUUAUGUCUGA